CUCACAACGCUGGCGACAGACGAGACGAGGCGAGGCGAGUCAGGCGGCUGGAACGUGAGCUCGCUGCGCUGGCGAGCGCCCAGCCAAGCUGACUGAGGACGUUCCGGGGACGGAUGCACACAGCAGACGCACGGAGACGUCCAAGGUCGUGAAGGACGCGCGCAGCAGCAGCCAUGGAGCGAGUGUGAGUCUUGCGGAAGGAUGACGUCUCGCGAGGAGGCUUCCACCUCACGCCGGUUUUUCCAGUACGUGGAGGACAGAUGCCUCCAGGCUUACGACGAGCUGGUCAUCCAGAACGCGGCCGACAUUUCCCGAGAGAGUGACCGCGUUCGACACGAUGCCAAUUGGACCUACUUGCAGGAGAAGAAACUGAAGAAACGGCAAGGGGAAGCAAUAAAGAGGCUGGACGACGAGGCCAGCGGCGCCAGCGACGCCGCCUACUGCGGGAAGCAUUUGCGAAUGGGUCUGGCCACCGUGCCGGCGGCAGCGCGGGACGGCCCGGCCGCUCCCGGCCUUGGCCUCGGCCCGGCGGCCUUCGGCGUCCGCUCUCACUCCCUCGACUCGGUGGGCGGCGACCCUGACGAGCGCAAGCAGCCGCCGCCCAAACCCAGGAGGGACCCUAACACCAAACUGAGCAGCAGCUCCGAGGCCCUCGCGACCCAAGACGAAGUUCACGUCCCGCACGCGUACGGCGGCGAGGACUGGAAGAAGACGCCUCCGCCCAAACCCAAACGCAACCCAAACACGCAACUCAGCUCGUCCUUCGACGAAACAGCCCACGCGUGGAACCACGGCAAGGAGAGCUGGCUCGGCCCCGAUCGGGCCGGCCCGGACGAGUCUGAGUCGGUUUACAUCGAGAUGAGCGGAAACGUCUGGGCUCAAAGCGGAGAGGAGCAGAACGAGUCAGUGUACGAGGAAAUGACGUACUCGGAGUCGUGCCGCAUCCCGCAACCCUUUCCCAAUCUGCUGACGCACCGGCCGCCGCUGCUGCUCUUGCCGCCGUUCCAUCCUCAGCGCUCGCCCAAUUCCGACGAGUCUCCGCUGACCCCCGUGGACGUCACGCAGCUGACCGCGCCGGGGAAAAAGGCGGGGCCGAGCAGAGACGAAGAGGAGUGGCCGCCCACACCCAGCGUCACAUCUUCGGGGCGCUCGUCGGCGCCGCCGCUGGCUUCCGGCCGCCGCGCGUCCUCCGGCUCCGCCCACGACGGGAAGGCGUACCCGCGCAGCCAAUCGGCGUGCCCCUCCCCCGUGAGCCUGGCCCGCUCUCGGACGCCCGUCGGCCCGAAGAGGCCGCCUCCCUACGCCGCCUUGAUGGCCGCCCGGCCGCCGGAGGCCGGCUCGGCCACGUCGCCGGAUGACCUCGCCAAGGCGGAGCGGAGGAGCGGCCGCGCUGCCGAAGACGUCAAGGCUCGGCGUCCAGUCAAGGCUUCCGCGUCGGGGACGCCGCGGGACCAUCCCGCCCUCAGCCAGAUGGCGUGGCCGUGCGGGGACGCCACCAUGAUGGACACCAUCGAGAAGAAACGAGGUUUGUGCCGCGAGAUCAAAAAUCGCCGGCGGGCCGACCUCGGGGACGGCUCGCCCGUCGAGCGGCGGAGGAAACAACCGCCGCCCUACUCGGCGGCCAUCUUGUGGGACACUGCCAUCUGAGUCUGGGUGUCUCCUUGUUGUCUGCCGUCCGUCCGUCCACACCAAAUGUGACCUGGACAAAGCGAACGCCGGCGGCCGCAGCGUCGCCAAAGCACUUGAAAGGGAGCUCAAGCCAAACACGUGGACAGCAACAAUACGUACUUUGACGUUUUUCCUCUUUUCAUUUUCUUGACUUUUGUAAGGUCACUUAGUUCCACCAGGUUGUUUUUCCAAAAAUGCCCCGGCUAGCUUUUACACAAGGAGGAUGACUUUGAUUUUAAAAACAGGUAAAAGUCAAGGCCGCCAUUUAACCGCGACUGAGGCUUUCCUCGAUUCUGUACGCACAGAUGGUUGCGGCUAACAAAAACAGAUGUGUUGACGGCUUGGCUUUGGUUCCCCUUUCAAAUGGAGACGAUGGAAAAGCACGGGCGCUGUCGUAAAGGACCGCAGGCAGGCGAGCGGGCGGGCGGGCUAGGCA